ACCUGGUUUCCCAGCUAUUCAGAAGCUUUUUUUUUACUUCUCUCUCUCUCUUUCCUUCUUUACCCCCAAACUCGUUGCCCUAAUCAACGCUCUUUGUCCAGUUUGACGCGAUGGAUAUUCUUCUAUCACCCCAUUAUAAGCUCCAGGAGGUUACGAAGGGUGAUCUGAGUCUGGCGUCUAUUUGUUGGGGAUUUACACUUGGAUUCGGGUUCCUCACGACAUGGGAAGCUAUCAGGCAGACUAUACGAGCUAGGACCCCACUGAAGUCUAUCUAUGUGUGGAUGAUAUGGGGGGAACUUUUUGUCUGCCUAGCAUUCUCAAUUAUUUGCUGGUUGUAUCUCGACGGGACAAUAGGACCAAGGUAAUUAAGAGUCCUUUGUAGCUCUAUGGAAGAGCAUAUUAUGUAUCCACCAUUUUCUAACAAAUGUAUAGUUUCUGGUUUUACUUUUUUAUCUGUGAGUUUCGCUAUCACGCGGUUUUCCGGGGGUUCGGGCAUCCACAAAGGCCUAUACUAACUUGAUCAGUAACACUCUGGGCACUCCAAGUCCAACUCCUCCUUCAAAUUAUCAUCAACAGAAUCACGGUUAUUGCAGCGGACAAACGCCGCGCGUCCACAAUAAAAUGGGGGGUUGCAGCAUUGAUCACGGCGGUAAACAUCUCAGUCUACUGCAUCUGGAUACCCGCCCGCCUCCAAAUCUCCGAGAGGUGAGCAGUAGUCAUUCGGACGCUACAAGAUCAGGUAACUAACAGUUUUGUAAAAAGGUACAUUCACAUCAAUGAUAUCUGGGACCGCUGCGAAAAAGUCAUAUAUCUAGUUGUCGACGCCAUUCUUAACUGGUACUUUAUCAACACCGUCAGGCAGCGACUCGUCAAGCAGGGUAGUGGCAAGUACAACAGACUUGUAAAGUUCAACGUUCGAAUUAUCUUCUUGUCGCUGACGAUGGAUGUGAGAAAACUAUACCGAUGUUCCGGGAGAUGAAAGGCUAACUUUUUUUUUCCCGCAGUGUCUGAUUAUUGGAACUAUGAGCCUUAAGAACGGUUUUGUGUUUGUCCAUCCCAUUCAGCCUACAAUAUCACGAAUUUUAACUAAAUAAUUUCACCAGCUACAUGCAAUUCCAUCCGCUGGCUUACACCGUAAAACUCAUGAUCGAAAUGACCAUGGCAGACCUCAUCCGUACCAUCGCACGAGAGAAGAACGAAUUCAAGUCCGGAGGCCCAAGCUACGAGCUCAGUAACGGCGGGAUGAACCGGGGGCGCCGCGACGGGCAACUCUCGCAUGUCGUCGGAGUAGGAGUCGGAGGUGGAGCCGGCGCCCCCCCCUCCUCUGGCGUAGUGGUCCAAAAGGAGGUUAUUAUCGAAAGCUGCAGUUUGGACCAAUCCAGCGAAGCAUCAACUUCGAAAGACACCGUUCAUAACCAAGAGCAGGAAGAUGAUUCACCAUUGCGGAACGAAAGCUGGGAGAGAGUUGCCUACAACACUACAAACAUCAGCAGUCAUUAGACGACGAUUUAUUUUUCUUGAUUCCCUCUGUUUCUUUGGGCUUGCUCCAGAUGAGAUAUAUGUGAGGUUACGGUCUUGAUACUUACAGUGGAUCUGGAGUCUGUUUUUUGUUACCACUAAUUAUGAUCUCUUUAUUAUUUUUCCUGGAAAAUUUCGAUGUUUAUGUAGUUUAUUGGUCUACCAUUUGUUGUCAGUAUUCACUUCAUGUAUUAUAAGAUUCUUUCAAUAUGGUUCAACAAU